GAAUAAUUCCAGCAUCAUUCCUAAAAUUAUUUUAAUUAUUCAAAACAACAACUUGGUCUCCCUUUUUUUUUGGUUGAAACAAAAUUUAAACCCCAAAAUUUACAUAAAGAUCACCAACCAGCCCACAUAAACUACAACCAUCGUUCUUCUUCUUGUUCAACAUCGAAUACUGAUGAUGAAAGUGGCUUCGCCUCGUACGCAAGCUGAUUCAUUAACGGAGAAAGUUUUCCGGCGAGUCUACAGCAAUUUUAGUUUCUCGACCGUCGACGAUGACUAUAGCCAUACUCGCCGGAGAUCGAGAUCAGGUGAUUAUGGGAAGGAGAGUUUGAGGAAAAUAGGGUUCGAAGAAAAGGAAGAGUUUAUGGAGAUGGAGCAGAUGGGAGCAGAGAGGAUUAAAACUGUUCUUAUUCUAAUGAGUGAUACCGGCGGUGGCCACCGUGCCUCCGCCGAGGCUAUCCGUGACGCCUUCAAGAUCGAAUUCGGUGAUGACUUUCGGAUAAUCAUAAAAGACGUAUGGAAAGAAUACACAGGAUGGCCACUGAACGACAUGGAGAGACAGUACAAGUUCAUGGUGAAACAUGUUGGUCUUUGGUCAGUCGCCUUUCAUGGUACCUCUCCCAAAUGGAUUCACAGAAGUUAUCUCAGUGCUCUUGCCGCUUAUUAUGCGAAAGAAAUAGAGACCGGUUUAAUGGAGUACAAACCGGACAUUAUUAUUAGUGUGCAUCCUUUGAUGCAACACAUUCCAUUAUGGGUAAUGAAAAGGAAAGGACUUCAGAAGAAAGUAAUUUUCGUGACGGUUAUCACUGAUCUAAACACUUGCCAUCGUACAUGGUUCCAUCAUGGAGUUAGCAGAUGUUAUUGUCCAUCCAAAGAAGUUGCAAAGAGAGCAUUAGUAGAUGGCCUUGGAGACUCUCAAAUUCGUGUCUUUGGUUUACCUGUUCGCCCAUCAUUCCCUCGCACUGUUAUCUACAAAGAUGAGCUAAGGAGAGAGCUUGAAAUCGACUCAAAUUUGCCUGCGGUUUUAUUAAUGGGAGGUGGCGAAGGAAUGGGGCCAGUUAAAAAAACUGCUCAAGCCCUUGGAAACUCUUUAUAUAAUUGUAAAGAAAAAAAUCCAAUAGGACAAUUAAUUGUCAUAUGUGGUCGAAACAAAAUCCUUGCUUCUACAUUAGCAUCUCACGAAUGGAAGAUUCCAAUCAAGAUUCGUGGGUUUGAGACAGAAAUGGAGAAAUGGAUGGGAGCUUGUGAUUGCAUCAUCACAAAGGCCGGUCCAGGUACGAUUGCAGAAGCAUUGAUCUGUGGCCUCCCAAUUAUUCUCAAUGACUACAUUCCUGGACAGGAAAAAGGUAAUGUACCGUAUGUUGUGGAAAACGGGGCUGGAAUUUUUACACGAAGUCCCAAAGAAACGGCAAAUAUUGUAGCUGAUUGGUUCAGUGGCAAUAAGAAAGAAUUAAAGAAAAUGUCAGAGAACGCUCUUAAAUUGGCGCAUCCUGAGGCAGUGUUCGACAUUGUCAAGGAUAUUCAAGGACUAUCCCAGCAGCAGCAAAAACGAAUUCAACUUUUGAAUGAUUUCUCCUACUGACCUACCUCUGCCGUAGCCUCUAGAUUCCUCUUAUUGAAUGAUUCUUGUGUUUGUAUAUUAUCUAGUGCAUUGUCAUUCUUUGAUUACUAUUUUGAAACAUGUAUAUGUGUGUCAAUCACAUUUUCUAUUGCUUUCACUAUGCUUCAGUUAAUAACCUAAAAUAACUUUAUAAAUGGUGAAUACCAUAUGUUAAAUUUUAUACAUCUAAUCACAUAUAGUAUUACAA